AAUUAAUUCCACGACAAUUAAUUCUACGCCGCCCAGAAUUAAUUCCACGACAAUUAAUUCUACGCCGCCCAGAAUUAAUUCCACAUUGGUUCCACAAAUUUCAUCAGCUGCUACUUCUACCAAAAUUCCGAUUUUGACGUCAUCAACGAUAUUAAAACGGAUUUCACAAGAUAAACAAACGGUAGUUAAUAAAAAGCCGCAAAUUGUUGCUGAAGAUGUCAUGUUUAAUAUAGGUACAAUUAAAUGUAUUGCAAAAAAGAUGAGGAUGUCACUAUUUGAACAUUGUAUUUUAUCACCUUCUGGAAUUCAUUGCGAGUUUUGUGCUUGGA